GGAAGAAGAGGAGGAGGAGGAGGAGAAAGAGGAGGUGGAGAAGAAGGUGGUGAAGAAGAAGGAGGUGGAGGAGGAGAUCGACGUUCCAAGUCGGAGCAAGGACGAGGACGACGGCGGCGGCUACGCUACGUUAGCAGCCAAGUGUCGCGAAGGUGAAUUAGCGCGAGGGUGGAACACACUUGCGCAAUAAUGGCGGAGGUGGCUACAAAGAAGUCAAUAAGCGUAGUAAGUAACAAGAAGAACGAGGUUUGCGGUGUUCAAUCUAACAACGGUUUGAUCGAAUUGGAUAAUUUAACCGCGAGUAACAAACAACUAAUAUCAUUAUGCGACAACAACGACGACGAGGACGAUCUAGUUUUGACGAACAACACGCGUAACGAGUUAGACACCGAGGAUAAAAGUCUUCAAGAAUUGAUAGAUAGCGAAUUAGCGUUGAGAAUAUGUUCGCCCAAUGAGGAAGAAGUAUUAGAAGACGAGGAGGAGGAGGAGGAGCAAGAGGAGAAGGAGGUAAAGGGGAAGGAGAAUGAUGAUGUUCAGGUUGUUGAAAAAGAUAAUAUCGAGGAAGAAUCUAAUCAACCUGAUGCAGUUAAAAGGAUUGUACUUGAUCGACAGGAGGAUCCAUUUCGUGUUAACACUGAUUUCAUUGUUGCCGAAUUGGAACAUUGCGCUUUAAUAGAAGAACCUUAUGGUUAUCAAAAUGGUCACGUUUCACCGGAAACCCAUGUUAAACCAGAUCAAUUGAAUGAAACUAAAGAUGAAUUAGAGGAGAGAAUAUUUGAGGAUGGUAUCGAAGAUAAUGUUGCUGUCGUACAAAAAACAAAUGUUUGCAUCGAUGAGAUUGAUCGAGGUAAGAUUGACGAACGAAUUAUCGAAAACGAUGAGAAUGAUUUAUUUUUGAAAUCUGGCAAACCUGAUGACGAUCAAUUAGCCGUUACCGAGUCGAACAGAAAUUUCGAAGAUGUCAAAUUGGGAUCAGAUGAGAUUGAAAUUGAAAGUUGUCAAGUUGAAGACAAAUUGUUCUCUCCUAUAUCUUGUAAGGACAAGCAUCAACAGGAAGAGGAAUCAAUUCCAACGAAAUUCUUACUUGAAACGAAUGAAAAAUUAAUCGAAACUGAAAGGGAUGAUAAUCAACGUCAAGAUAAUAAGAAAAGUAUCGAUAUUUCCGAUACUUGGACCGAACAAUUGACACCGGACGUUCAACAAUUUGGCGGACAAUUUUCCGACAAUUUCGACGACGAUGAAACAACAAUCGACAAGAAAUCCGAUAAAGAAUCGUCGUUGAACAAAGAAUCAAAUUCGGAAAUUAUUCGGACGACGGAAUAUUAUCAAAUGACGGAAAAUAAUGAGACGAUGGAAGAAUCAAUGAAUAACGAUGGUUUGAUUAAAAUCGAGGAAAGUCCACAAGACGUUUCUUGUACGCAAUCUAGAAGCUUCGACGACGUGACCUUGAGCCAAUCUGAAACAUCGACCGAUGCCGCGAGUACGCAAGAAUUCAUAGACAUGGAAAGACGCGUAUUGAACGAGGAAUCAUCAUCCACGGAACGUAACAAUCACGAUGAUACGAAACUUAUUACGGAUUCCGAUAAUAUAAAAAAUGACAGUAAUUUGAUUUAUCGCGAUACUGAAGAAGAAUCCGUAGUUAUGAACAACGAGGAUGAUAUUCAAAAUGAAAAUUUAGAAAUUUUAGAUAACGAUAACGUGCAAUGUCAACAAUCCGAAUCUACGAUUUUGGUUGAGAAAACUGAAGUAGUUGUUUCCGAAACUAACGUAACUAUCUUUUCCGAAACUAAUCGUGUCGAAUUAAUGGACACCGUUUCCCAAUCUGAUAAUAAUCAAACCCAUAAAUUCGAUUCGUGGAUGACCGUAGAGGAAGCCACGAGAAUCGAAGAGGAAGAAGAAAAAACUGAUAAGGAAAGACACCACGAAGAGAUACAUACGAUUAUUAAACGAGAGGAUACUAAUGAAACGAACAUAACUGAUAGCGAUAGGUCGACUCAAGACGAUCAUCAUCAUCAUCAUCAUCAUCACCUUGAUUCCUCUCCCCGUGCACCCCUAGCCACUCCGGAUGACGAGACGAGCGAUAUUAUUAACGUGUGCGAUAGCGAAAGUCGCGAGGAGAAGAUAACAACGAGCAGUACGACAACGACAACAACGGUGAUGAGCGGCUCAUCUAAGGGUGCUGCUACUACUACCGGUACUACUACUACUAAUAAAACGAAGAAGAAGAAAAUCGAAGGUGUUGCCGGUAACGAUGCUUGCCCAAAUCUCACUCCGCGUACUAAGAAAACUAAGAAGAGUAAGAAGAGCGAUCUAGAAAAGGAAAACAUUUCUGUGAAAUCGAGUUUCAACAAAUUCGACGCUCUGAGCAAAAAAACGGUCCUCCACGUGCGUUCGGUCGAUGCAGGAAAAGUGCAACAACAAUUAAAUGCCGUGGGCCAAAAUGGCGAGGCGGCAAACCAAAAUUGCCGCAGUUGCAACAAGGUCGUGUUCCAAAUGGAACAAACAAAGGCCGAGGGUCUGGUCUGGCAUAAGAAUUGCUUCCGGUGCGUACAGUGCAGCAAGCAGCUUAACGUCGACAAUUAUGAGAGCCAUGAGAGUACUCUUUACUGUAAACCCCACUUCAAGGAACUUUUCCAACCUAAACCGGUCGAAGAGUCUGACCAACCUGUGCGACCUCGAAAACCGGAGCUGAUCAUACGUGAGAACGAACCUAAAGAGCUGCCGCCUGAUGUGGUCAGAGCAUCCGACAAACCGGAUCUUGGAUUGGAAGAGUUGUCAAGUUUGAACGUAAAGUCUCGUUUCCAAGUGUUCGAAAAAGCUGGUACGGAAAAUACAAACGAGAUAGAAAAAUCACCCUCUCAGAUAGCCGUGAAAAGAUCACCGAGUAUUCUCAGCAAACUUGCCAAGUUUCAAGCAAAAGGCAUGGACAUCGGGGUCGCGGACGAAUCUCUUAAUGGAAUACCAUACGAAGAAUCCAGCGAGAGCGAGGAGGAAGAUGCUACAGAAGAAAUUGAAGAGAUUGAUACAGAAAUCGUGAAAGCGAAACGUACUACUCGCGAACGUCCGAUAAGUUUCUCCAAAAUGGAUGAUAUUAAAAAUCGAUGGGAAAGUACCAGUCAACAAGGAAGACGCGAGGUUCAACGUGAAGCUAGGAAGGAAGAAAUUGCUGGAAUACGUUCCAGACUUUUUAUGGGCAAACAAGGUAAAAUGAAGGAAAUGUACCAGCAAGCGGUUGCCGGAAGUGAACGGGUAACGAAGAUAAACGCCGCGGAAGAAAUUCAACAUUCGACCCACGCUCGUUCUAUCAAAGAAAGAUUCGAAAGAGGGGAACCUAUCGCAGCAUCGGACGAUGAAACUGACAACACAAAACCAAAACCGGAGAAGGCCGAUGAAGAGGUCAUCGCUGCGGGUAUCAGCCGAAAAUCACGAUCACUUUUCUUAGAACUCGAUGCUUCAGCAGCAAAAACUGGACGCCCUGUAACUCCGGUUAAUCCAAAACCAUCGGCUGACACACCUAGACGUGCACGUGACGCGUUUAUGGUUCGUCAAGUAUCGGACGACGUCAUAAGAAGUUCAGACACAACCGAGGAGGUUCACGUCGAGACGUCGGAUAUUUCGAACAAGUUCAAAUUUUUCGAGUCGUACAAGGAGCCAGAGAAACAACGGAAGCAAUUUCGAAUUACACCACCACGUGAUGGCCAAGUCAAGAUGGAUUCGCCGGAGCGUGAAAUCUAUCGUGAUCCUGAUGUUGUAAGGGCCGAUGAUAGGGUAGACGAAGUAGUACACACAGACACAGCGAGAAAGAUGCUCUCAAUCUUCCGGCAGAUGGAAGAGAAUGCGUGCAAAGAGGAAUUGCCGGAGGGCCCGAAACCUUUGAAACGUUUCACGCCACCACCUGAGGACAAGUUUGCGAAACAAACCGCCUCUGAUUCCGAGGAAGAAGAAGAAGAGGAAGGUGAGGAAUCCGAAGCUGACGAAAGCGCCGAAGAAAGAGAUCCGAAUUAUGUCAGAGCCUCCGAUAAGGUUGAAGAUGAAUUUUUAAAACAGGCACAAAAUGCCGCGCGCGCCAAAACAUUGCGCGCGAAAUUCGAACACUGGGAAGAGACGGAUGGUAAACCGAGUAAUCAUAACAUCGCCGAAAUGGAAAUUGCUCAAAGUACGGGCGAUCAAUCAAGCAUAGAAUCUGCGAGCAGUCUCAGAGCUCGUUUUGAGUCACUCGGAUCACAGACCAAUGAGUCUCCACGUGCGCCAAAAAUUAAAGUUAAUCGAUUUGUGGAAAUACAAGCAAGUUGCACAGACGUAUGCGAGAGUUGCGAGAAGAAGGUAUAUCCACUUGAGAAGGUCGAAACAAAUAACAAAAUUUUUCACAAACAGUGCUUCCGGUGUCUUCAAUGCAAUUGCGUUUUAAGGAUGGACACAUUUACGUUAAACAACGGUAAACUAUACUGCAUCCCACACUUCAAACAACUUUUCAUAACGCGAGGCAAUUAUGAUGAAGGUUUUGGCGUAGAUCCACACAAGAACAAAUGGGCGACGAGCAGUACGAAUCAAGCUAACGUAUCACCAAUCGCAGUGUCCAACGGUGACCUCUGAUUGGUUAUUGGUUCUCCCUCCACCUAAUUGGACCCUCCUCCUCCUUCUCCUCGUCCAAUAAUCCUCGCGCAUCGCGAUAAAACAUUAUAUAUUUACAUAUAUUCGAAUAUUUUGUAAAUCCUUUGUUUUUUUCUUUUCUUUU